AUGGCCAGCCCUAUGGAGGCAUCCUCAGGCCAUGCCAGUAGAUUGGGUCCCCAUCGGAGGAAGAGAACCACCUUCAGCGUUGGGCAGCUGCUGGAACUCGAGCGGGUAUUUGCAGCACGGCCUUACCCUGACAUCAGCACCCGUGAGCACCUGGCUCAGGUCACACAUCUGCCAGAGGCCAAGAUCCAGGUAUGGUUCCAGAACCGCCGGGCCAAGAGAAUCAAGAACAGGAAACCAGAAGGCCUAAGCCCCAGGCCUGAGCCUAUCCCAAACUCCUGUUCUCUUCCAGACACCUCCCAGCAGGCCUGGAAGCCCCAAACAACAGGUCAGCCUCCACUUGACACCAGCAUGGCUCAGUUUACCUCAGCAUGUCCACAGACCUUCUGUGCAGCUUCCAGUUUGAGCUCAGGGCAGGGCUGGGCAGGGGUUAAAGCUGCAGCCCCAUGGGCACCUGCUGGAGUUUCAGGGUUCCAUCCUUCUUUGGAGCGAGCCACUCCUCAGACCUCACUGGGAAGCCUGUCUGAUCUUAUUUAUGCUUCAGCCAUUGUUGCCAAUGUGGACCACUCCUAA